AUGAGCGACGAUCAGGUUUGUUUGUUCUCAAGGAAGCAAGAACAUCAAGCUUGCGAGCCACCGCGAAGGAGUUACAGCAUUAAGCAUUAUCAAGUUAUCUACAUACUUUUUGAGAUUGGAGGAGUUGAAUUACUCUUCCGUUUAAAAAAUUGGUCUGAACUCUCCCAAUCCCAAUUAAACCAUAUAUGGCAGUCUAUCUCUGAUCCUUUCGAGAGUUCAACAGACAUUCCCAUUGAAGCCUAUAGAGAUAAGACGAUGACACAAGUAAAGAAGGCAUGGGAUAGGUGGAGAUAUGCAAACAAGAAGACUUACAUUGAACCGUAUAUUGAUGACGAGGACAAAAUCAGAACAAACCCUCCUCCAGAAUUUUAUGGCGAAGAUUGGAAUUAUUUGCUUGACAAUCACUACUUCACGUCUGAAUUUAAGAAAAGAAGUAAGACCAACGCUGACAACAGAAAGAAAUUGAUGUACCCCCACCACACCGGCAGCAAACCAUUUUCGCAGAAAGAACGAGAUAUGGAGAGGGAGAUGGGACACCCCCCUAGUCAAGCAGAGUUCUUUCUACAAACACACACUAGGAAAGCGACUGCCGAUGAUCCGACUCCCACGCCUUCUCCACUCGUUCAACAGGCCGUCUCUGUGAUGCGUGAACGGCUAGAAACAAAUCCUAAUUUGUCGCCGCUCGAGGUGUUUGAGUCUGCUUUAGGACGACAGGGACACGGGAGGGUGACAGGGAUGGGAUCGGGUAUACGUCCCACUCACUUCAGACCCGAUCAAAGGGGAAGUUCUUCUUCAAGCGUUAACUCGCGUGUGUCACAACAAACGCUGAUGGAGGAGAACAGGAUUCUGCGAGAAGAGAUUAAUAUGAUACGCGCAGAACAGGAAGCACAAAAGGAGGCACAUGAAGCACAAAAUGAGGCACAAGAGAAAAGGAUUAACGAUAUCCAGGCGGAGGUGCGCGCACAAAAAGAAGCUUUUGAGGCGUUCAUGUCUAUGAUUUCCCCUCCUCCCCCUAAACCCUAA